GUUAUUUGUGUGUCUGUAUGUGUGUGCAUGUUAUAUUGUGCUCUGUAAAUUGUGACUUUUGGAUUGUGUGUAUAUGCUGUGUGCUUGCGCGGUGCAUUUGCUGUGUAGUUUGUGCAUGAAAGACCCCCUUGCAAUUUUGGAAGAUGGAUAUUUUCUUUAAAAUGUUAAAAUUAAGUUUGUAAGUACAUGUAUGCAUCGUAGGUGAAGUAGGCAUACAAUUUUCAGCUUCAUGCUUUAUAAUUUUCAAGCCCUUUGGAAUUGUUUUCGUUACAGGCUUGUACCAUGGUGUUAUCUGCAGGGUGUUCCAUCAUAAUUUUACAACUUUUUAUUACUGAAGAUAGAUGAUAGAUAUUGUUAUCUGUUGGUCGUGUGCUCAUUGGACUAUCUUUUGUAUCUAUUCCUCAAUACCCGAAGGCACUAGGUCUUUUGUUGAAUCAUUGUAUUCUCGACCAGAACAGAGAAUAAUAGACAAGAGUAGUGAAGCAUCUAUCAGAGUAGUAGAUCAGGGUCUGAUUGGCGAGACUAGAGACACGUCUAUAGCAGAGUGGGGCCUGGAUUUGCAUGCAGGGUAAUAUUAGCACUGGAUACGGUGGCGUGCAAUCACACAGCCUUGCAGUAUAUACCAUGUGAAGAUUGCUAAGCACUCGAUCGUCUGCUCGCAGCUAGCCAGCCAGCAAGGGAAAGGGCGAGACUCUUCGCUCGUUCAUCGUUCAUUCCUGGUCGUUGUCGGUAUGCUCACUCACAGCUCACUCGGCUGAGAUAGAAGGGAUAGGUAUCAAUGCAUAGACGCCAGCGACAGGAUAAGACAGGAGAAGGAAUAGUUGAGCGGCAACAGAGCAAGAAGAAGAUGAGCUAAGGAGAGUUGCUGUGUGCACGCUACCAGAAAAUGGGUGUUUUCACGUAUGUGAGCUAAGAGGUCAUCCCUGAGACGAUAAGAGGCAACAGACAGACAUGGUCUCGGUGUCUGAGACGGAGGUCCGCUUCACCCCGAGCAGUCGAGGUACGGAAGAGGGCGCCGUAGAGGUGACCGUCAAGGGAUCCAGCAACAUGCCUAGCACCAGGAGACAGAGCUCAGAGAGCAGCAGGAGAUCCCUGAGUGGACGCUGCUGCCCAAAGCUCUUUGAGCGUGCCUCUGGAAGCUGGUGGGAUCCCAAGUUCAACCUGCCCAUCAUAGAAGAGCAGUUUCAAGUGCACUCCUUCCCUCAGCUCAAGAAGCGGUUCCGCUACGCGCUAGGGUACGCUCUUCUAGCAUGUAUAACAUGGAUGAUUUAUAUACCCAUCAAUAUGAACAGCAUGGAGCAGAAGUGUGACUGGAUUAUUUUUGAAAUAGCACUGGGGUGUAUGGUAGGGGUUUGUAUAGCUCUUAUAGCCUUCACAACAUGUAGGUAUUAUAGGGACUAUGUCAUGCACACUUCACUUGUCUUUAUAGUAGUUGUAUGUGGACUUACUCUUGCUUCAUUUGCGUCUUUCACCGAUGAUUGUGAAUGCGAUAAUAGAGUGAUAAGUACUGUUGCGACAUUCGCGAUAUGCGUUGAGACGAUCCUAAUAACAUAUACUGUGAUACCUUUACCCUUUCUAUACUCUGUGGUAACCAUGAUGUUGUUUUCGUUUGUUUAUGAGGUCUUAUUCUUCACCACAGCGUUACAGCCGGAUGAAGUGAAUGCAACGCAUGUAUUUACCAAGCUGUUCCUUCACUUGUGCAUCCACAUGAUGGGCAUGCAUAUUUUCUUUAUGUCUCAAGUGCGUAAUAGGAGCACAUUCUUGAAGGUUGUGGAGACCGUUGUUGCCCAGAACCUGCACAAACGGGAGAAGCAGAUCAAGGAGGCUACCAUCCAAUCUCUUAUGCCUGACACCAUUGCCAAAGAGCUCCUGAAGGGCCGGGAGUCCAACCCGGAAGUCCGGCCCCACAUAGGUCGCAGGCAGUCUUCCGAACCCAUCUUUCGACCCUUCUACAUGAAUCGCAUGGAGAAUGUCAGCAUCCUUUAUGCUGACAUUGCUGGAUUUACCAAGAUGAGCGCAAACAAGAGUGCUGAGGUCCUGGUCGGUCUCCUCAACAACCUCUUUGGCCGCUUCGACCUCCUCUGCAGGCGGCACAACUGCGAGAAGAUCUGCACCUUGGGUGACUGCUACUACUGCGUGUCUGGGUGUCCGGUGAAACGGGACGAUCAUGCCCAGUGCUGCGUGGAGAUGGGCCUGAGCAUGAUCGAAGCCAUCAAGGAUUUCUGCCAUGAGACGGGAGAGAAGGUCAACAUGCGUGUGGGGAUUCAUACUGGCACGGUGCUCUGUGGCAUCGUGGGUAAUCGCCGCUUCAAGUUUGACGUGUGGUCCAAUGAUGUGACCAUUGCUAACAAGAUGGAGGCAUCUGGCCAGCCAGGGAAGGUUCAUGUAUCAGCAGAGUCUAUCAAGUUCCUAAAAGAGCGAUAUGUGCUGGAUGAAGGCAAUGCAGACAAACAUGCCCUUCUCAUUGGUAAGUGGAAAUUUGUCUUUAUUUAAUAUCUGUCCUUUUUUUUCUUAUCUUUUUCAAUAACUUGCAUUUAUAUUUUCUUCUGGCUACCUUAUUUUGCUUUCUGUUUCACGUACUGUUUCCCCCAACUUUAAACUAUUGAUACCCUGUUUUUGUGCUCCAAUUUUUGAUGGUGUUGUUGAAUAUAAAUUACAUUAUAUCUGUGUGGAGAAAAAAAAUGAA